AGAAAAAGCGCAGCAGCUUUUCCACGGUGAAGAAGACGUGCUCUGCUUCGUUUGCUAACCGACAGUUCAUAGAGCCGCAACCAUGGAGGAGGCAAAAAACAAAGAGAAUAAGCAGUCCGAAAAGACCGAUGAGAAGGAAAAAGACAAGGAAAAGGGCCAGCAGCCCUCGGGGAAAGACAAGGACAAGAAAGAGGAGCAAGAAUUGUCAGAGGAAGACAAGCAGUUACAAGAGGAUUUGGAGAUGAUGGUGGAAAGACUGAGUGAGAAGAACACAGAGCUGUAUCGUGCUGCAUUGGAAGAGCUGCGCAGACUAAUCCGCUCCUCAACCACCUCCAUGACCUCAGUACCCAAGCCCCUCAAAUUCCUGCGCCCACAUUACGGCAAGCUCAAAGAGAUCUAUGAUGGCAUGGCCCCCGGAGAGAACAAACGUUUCUGUGCUGAUGUGGUGUCAGUGCUGGCCAUGACCAUGAGCGGUGAGAGGGAGUGUCUCAAGUACCGUCUGCUGGGCUCCCAGGAAGAGCUGGCCUCCUGGGGACAUGAAUAUGUCAGGCACCUGGCAGGUGAGGUGGCGAAGGAGUGGCAGGAGGUGGAGGAGAAUGACAAGACACAGCAGGAGACUCUGCUGAAACUGGUGAAGGAGAUCGUGCCCUACAACAUGGCGCACAAUGCCGAGCACGAGGCAUGCGACCUGCUGAUGGAGAUUGAGAGGCUGGACAUGCUGGAGGACUACAUUGAUGAAAACGCCUACGGCAAGGUCUGCCUCUACCUCACCAGCUGUGUGAGUUAUGUUCCUGAACCAGAAAACUCGGCGCUGCUGCGAUGUGCCUUGAACAUCUUCAGGAAGUUCAACCGUUACCCAGAGGCUCUCAGACUGGCCCUGAUGCUCAACGAUGUAGAGCUUGUAGAAAACAUCUUCACAUCCUGCAAAGACAUAGUUAUCCAGAAGCAGAUGGCCUUCAUGCUGGGCCGCCAUGGCAUGUUCUUGGAGCUUAAUGAGGACGUAGAGGACUACGAGGACCUGACAGAGAUCAUGUCCAACGUACAGCUCAACAGCAACUUCUUGGCCCUGGCCAGAGAGCUGGACAUCAUGGAACCCAAAGUCCCAGAUGACAUCUACAAAACACAUCUGGAAAACAACAGGUUCGGAGGCAGCGGCUCCCAGGUGGACUCUGCUCGUAUGAACUUGGCCUCUUCUUUUGUGAAUGGCUUUGUCAACGCAGCCUUCGGACAGGACAAGCUGCUCACAGACGAUGGCAACAAAUGGUUGUACAAGAACAAGGACCACGGCAUGUUGAGCGCUGCAGCCUCUCUGGGUAUGAUCCUGCUGUGGGACGUGGAUGGCGGCCUGACACAGAUUGACAAAUAUCUCUAUUCUUCUGAGGACUACAUCAAGUCUGGUGCUCUCCUGGCCUGUGGCAUCGUAAACUCAGGUGUGAGGAAUGAAUGUGACCCUGCCCUUGCCCUGCUCUCCGACUAUGUCCUCCACAACAGCAAUGUCAUGAGGAUAGGAGCCAUCUUUGGAUUGGGUCUGGCCUAUGCUGGCUCCAACAGAGAAGAUGUGCUGUCUCUGCUUCUCCCCGUCAUGGGAGACUCCAAAUCCAGCAUGGAGGUGGUUGGAGUGACAGCUCUGGCAUGCGGUAUGAUCGCCGUGGGGUCUUGUAACGGCGAUGUGACGUCCACCAUCGUACAGACCAUCAUGGAGAAGAACGAACAGGAGCUGAAGGACACAUAUGCCCGCUGGCUGCCUCUAGGCUUGGGACUCAACCACCUGGGUAAAGGAGAGGCAAUUGAGACAACCCUGGCAGCUCUACAGGUUGUACCCGAACCCUUCCGCAGCUUUGCCAACACACUAGUGGAUAUCUGUGCAUAUGCAGGUUCCGGCAAUGUGCUGAAGGUGCAGCAGCUUCUCCAUAUCUGCAGUGAGCACUACGAGGCCAAGGAGAAGGAAAAAGAGGAGGACAAAGACAAGAAGGAUAAGAAGGACAAAGACAAGAAGGAGACUGCAGAUAUGGGCUCACACCAGGGUGUGGCUGUUCUUGGCAUUGCCCUCAUUGCCAUGGGGGAGGAGAUUGGUUCUGAAAUGGCACUGCGAACAUUCGGACAUCUGCUGCGUUAUGGUGAGCCCACCCUGAGGCGAGCGGUGCCCCUAGCUCUGGCUCUCAUUUCAGUGUCCAACCCUCGUCUGAACAUCUUGGACACCCUCAGCAAGUUUUCCCAUGACGCUGACCCCGAGGUGUCCCACAACUCCAUCUUUGCCAUGGGCAUGGUGGGCAGUGGCACAAAUAACGCCCGCCUGGCUGCCAUGCUGCGGCAGCUGGCACAGUAUCACGCCAAAGACCCUAACAACCUCUUCAUGGUCCGACUGGCUCAGGGUCUGACUCACCUGGGCAAAGGCACACUGACACUCUGUCCCUACCAUAGCGACAGGCAGCUGAUGAGUCAGGUCGCCGUGGCUGGACUGCUCACAGUGCUCGUUUCCUUCCUCGAUGUCAAGAACAUAAUCCUGGGGAAAUCUCACUACAUUCUUUACGGCCUGGUAGCAGCCAUGCAGCCACGCAUGCUGGUCACCUUCGAUGAGGAGCUACGACCACUGCCCGUAUCUGUCAGAGUUGGACAGGCAGUGGAUGUCGUGGGCCAGGCAGGCAAGCCCAAGGCCAUCACAGGUUUCCAGACCCACACCACGCCGGUGUUGCUGGCUCAUGGAGAGAGGGCUGAGCUGGCGACAGAGGAGUACCUCCCCGUCACUCCCAUCCUGGAGGGAUUCGUUAUCCUCCGCAAGAACCCCAACUAUGAAACCUAGACUUCCCCCAAAACCCUCCAUUCUCACUGGCCUCUCCCUGUGUUUGUAAGGGUAGCCCUCCAUGGCUCAUUGCAGUCGUUAUAUUUAGUUGUUUAUUGCAUGACUGGAAAGAGCCAUGCAGGCUUAUCCUUCUUCCUCACUGUUGUCUGUGGCCCAGCUCCAGCAGUCAUUAAAAAUGGAUGGUUGGGGUCUGGUUAAUUGGACUGCUAUGACACAGGGAGGGUAAACUGGGACCUCAUCUACUCUACAUAGAUGGUUUCCUCAUUGCUCUAAUUUUGAUCCACACAUGUACUGAACCAGCUGUUUGACUGAGCAGUUCAAAAGCGGGAACUGUUCACCCUCCUCUUUAUGUUUCAGUCAUCAGUUGAUGAAUAACUGCUCAGUUCACAUCAGUGCUUCAUGUUUUUUCCCCCCCUUACAUCCUCAGUCAUUUUUUGUAAUUACAGCUUUUAAGAGUAUGUGUUCUUCAUCACGUUUUUCUUCUAUUUUUUUUUUUUUGGUUUUUGUUACAGUACUGUAAAAGGUUGAAUCAAAAUAAAAAAACUGAGAUCCACAUGGUGGAAAUGUGAA